UCAGUGGCACACUCAGAAACCAGAGAGAUACACACACAGAGAGAACCGAAAUUCACCUCUUCUGGAAGUUGUCUUUUCAAAGCGUGUUAGCUUGUUCACCAGACAAGCAAAUCCAGACAAGAAGGAUACAAGGAAAGCCACUUCACAGAGGAAGAACUGGAGAAGUGCAAGCCUCUCCAAACAUCUCAGAAGCCGAACGCCCAACCCCUGCCAUCCAGACACAUGGCUGCACGUCCAAUGGAGACGGUGGGUUUCGCCGUUCUACCCGCACACAUCUUGGCGUCCGCCAUGGAGGAGUUUCCCCAGCAGCUGCCCGUCCCCAAGUGUUUGGCUCGGGGCCGAAACCGUCCCCGACGGCCCCGAGACGCCCGCUUCAAGACCCAGCCGGUGACUUUUGCGGAGAUCGCCGAAGUGGAGGAAGAAGGGGCUUCGCCUCUGGAGGAAGAGAGGGCGAGACGGUCCUUCCUUCAGUCGCUGGAGAGUCUCAGGAGAAGCACACAGACUUUGCACCACGCGGGAUCCACACAGAGCUGCCGCACCGCGUCUGCACAGGCUAGUCUGGACUCCAGUGACUCAGACUCGGCACACUGAGAGAGGGACAAGAAGAUCUGAAGGAUGACAGGACUGGAAUUCAAUGUAUUUCGCACAUAUCUUCCUGUUAAAUUCCUCAUUCACAGCCGUUAACCUGCAGUAGUUAUGCAUUGAUUUGCAGAUUCCAGUUGAGUAACAGCUCUGCAAGAGCAAAGUUGUAGCACCUUGGAAGGUUUUCAGAAAAACGCUUACGCCAAUUCCUUUUUUAAAUGUAUGAGACUUAAGGACUGGUGAGGUUUCAUCUGACAAGAAGAGACAGAGGACGUACCACGUCUGAUUCCGUUUUAAUAGACUAAUGUUAUUCAUAUCCCUUGUGCCUGUUUAAGAUUGCACAGUCGGAUGGGUUCUUCUCUGCUGGGCAGGAUGUAGACGGUCACAUUUUGUUAUAAUUCAUUGCUGUGUUGACGAACAAGCUAAAAAAGGUACAACAGAGAUGUAUUUUUACAGAAAUAAGGUUCCAAACCCUGAUGACUAAGUCUGCCAGAAUGGUGAACUUACUAAUGAACUCGACGAGGAGCAAAUUAUUGUACUUUUCAAAUGUAUCUUAUAUUUAUUCGCAGAUUAUUUUGUUAUAACAUAGUGAUUUUAGAGAAUUGUUCUGUUGACACUGUGGACUUGUAAAGUCACUAUCACUGUACGUACGAGAAAAAGCCUUUAUACUUCGAUUUGACUUUAUUAUCUUUGUUAAUUUGUUUCAUACUUUCUUUCGGUAGUUAUAUAAAUAAAGUUUAUAAUGUUGGA